AUGAAAUAUAAAGAAUUCAACAAGCGCCUCUGUAGGGCGACUUAUUUCCUACUCCUCUACAUUGUACUGUUGGGAAUGUUUAUCGGCCUAAUAUACGGUGUGAUGUAUUUCGAUAUUGAACGAGAUAAACCGACCUUGACUGGACUCAAUAGUGCACUGGGUUUCAAUCCGGGAUUAAGUAUAAUUCCACGUUCGGAUAUUCACAGCGGUCUGAUUCUCGUGGAUGCUCGAAGUAUUUUACUAACGGAAGGCUUUGCUUCGGAACUAAUGGCUUUUAUCUACCCUUAUCAAAGAUCUGCAGAUCGUGUACAGUUGAUGCAGUGUGCAAAGAACGAUGGUGCCUAUACGUUUGAUAAAACUCGGCCCUGCGCGUAUGAUCUGAAUUCUGCGUGGCCUUGCAAUUUGAGAAACGUUUUCGGAUAUGGUAGCGAAAACCCGUGCUUCCUUCUGAAAAUGAAUAAGAUUUAUGGCUGGUUACCAGAUCCCGUCGAAGGUGCGAACGGGGUGGUCGUUAAAUGUGAGGGUGUGACCUUGGAUGAUCAAAUUAAUAUGGGUGACGUGAGAUAUUAUGAUUUGGACAGCCAUUACUCUAACAUGGGAUUUGAUGCGCGAGCUAAAGGCAAGGAGCAUAAUGGAACAUUUCAUUCGGACUUCUUCCCUUAUGUGAAUCAGAGGUGGUACCUCCAGCCAAUUGUUUGGGUGGUAUUCAACGAUAUGAAACGCGGGAGCCUCACGAGAGUGCAAUGCUAUCUCAUUGCGAAGAAUAUACAUGUGGAUAUGGCAACUGGUGAAGGAUCAAUAAGAUUUGUGGUCUUGAUGGAGUAG